UCCGAAAACGAACUUGGGCGCAACAUUCGGGCUUGGAUCAUAUACCGAGAUGAUGCGCUUUGGCUAGGACGCUAGGCACUGCUAGAAGCGGGCAAUCAUUUGGUUAAGGAGGGAUUGAAUGACGCCACUCGAGAAUGCGAUGAGUCGCAGGCGAAGCUGGAAAAGUUGAAGGAGCAGCUCGGAGAGCAAAGAACGAGAGCAGCGGCGCUCCGGGAUGGGGUCUGUCUUCCUAAUCAUGGGCUAAGAAUCUUCUUCUGACUAUUCCAGUUAUUCUCCGCAAGCGCCGUCAUGGAACCUCGAGCAUCAACACUGCUUGGACAGAAUGUGAAGCUCUUGACAUACGUCAGCAUCUUCUACUUGCCACUGGUAUUCUGCGCGAUACGGAUUUUCCCUAUAAGCCCAACUUUUUCUCUCCGAUUUUCGCAUUACGCGAAUGCCUCCAAACAGUCCAUCUGGAGCACCUCCGACACAUUUGGCUAUCCCAACCUCGUCUGCACCAUGGUCAACAUCGGGGUUCCCAAUUAACCAAGUGUGCUAUCGAUCCACGACCAUCGAAGUUGGUCCGGGGAAUGCCUGCGCUGGCUGAGCUCGAAGAGGAACCAAAAGACUGGCCGGAACUGGAAAUGUAUUUGUAUUUUAU